UCAGUUACACAUGUUUUAACUCAUAUUUUAGAAAAACAGACAGAAGCUGCAAAGUGUGUUUUCAUUGCGUUGGCGUUGCUGAAAUGUGUCCUACAUAUUUAAGAUGUCAUUCAGUUCUGAUCAGAGGUCGGUGUCCUUACAUGACACGCAAAACUGAAACGCGGUCAUUGGUGUAGGGGGUGAGACAAAGAGAAUCCAUGUAUGGAGCUGCAGGAUGCUUCUCCAGACUGACAGACUGUCCUCUCAGUUUCCACUCAGACCUCUCAGCGUUUUGGUUUUCCAUCUGCUCCUAACACCCUCCUGUAGAGGUCAGUUUCAGUUAGUCGGUCCUCCUCUGCCUAUAGUGGCGACACUUGGACAUGACGUGGUCUUGCCGUGUCACCUGGAACCAGAGAUGGAUGUGAGCGCAGACAUGUUGGAGUGGGCGAAACUCAACCUAGACCCAAGAUUUGUCAACGUGUGGCGUGCUGGUCAGGAUCUCAUAAAGACGAGAAACCCUUCCUACAAAGGGAGGACAGCGCUGUUCAGAGAGGAGCUGAAGCAUGGAAACAUUUCUCUGAAACUCUCUGAAGUACAACUCUCUGAUCUGGGAACGUAUACCUGUGAUAUUCCUCUAAAGCAUAAACAUUCCUCUGUGAAGCUCGUUCUGGCAUCAGGUCCUGCCUCUCCUCCUGUCAUCAGUUUAUCAGGGCUGGACGGUCAGACCGGAGGAGUGGUGCUGCAGUGUGAGUCUGCAGGCUGGUAUCCGGAGCCUGAGGUGCUGUGGCUGGACGCUGAGGGAAAGCUCCUCUCUGCUGGACCUCCAGAGACAGUCAGAGGUCCUGAUGACCUCUAUACUGUCAGCAGCAGAGUGACUGUGGAGAAGAGACACAGCAACAGCUUCACCUGCAGAGUCCAGCACCACAACACCAACCGCACCACACAGACACACCUCCAGGUUCCAGAUGAUUUCUUCAUAGUCCCUUCUAGCUGCUCUGCUCCUGUUGCUGUCAGCGUGUUGUUUGGACUCAUGUUUGUGAUCGCUGUCGUCCUUUUAGUCUGGAAAUGGAGACAAAACAUCAACGAGACAAAGACAAACCCUACAGAUGUUGAAGGAGAAGAGAAGAACCGCUCUAAAACUAAAGAUCAGUUUGGGACUGAUGAAGAAAGAGGACAGCUGAUGAAACCUGACACUGUGCAUACUGAGGAUCUGAAGAGAGAAGGAGGACAUAAGAGCAAACAGAGAAACACAUCUGAGGAGAAGAGGAGGAGGAGGGAAGCUGAGAAAGAAGUCCAGACCCUGAAGGAAGAAGUCCAGACCCUGAAGGAGGAGCUGCAGACCAAGAAGAGAGAGGUUGAAUCCAAACAGUCUGAGCUGCAGGAUCUCCUUUCAGAGAAAGAGAGGAAGGAGAAGGAGCUGCAGAGCCUGAAGGAAGACCUGGAGAAGAAGAGCAGAGAGCUGGAGACAAUUCAGAGGAGCAUAAACAAACCUUACAGCUUUACGUCGAAAAAAGCAAAACAGAAGAAGGAUGAAGCUGAACAGGAAGUGAAGACUCUGCAGAAACAUCUGAAGACCAAACAGGAGGAAACAGAGCUCAACAUCAAAGAGUUUGAAGACAGACGAGCUGAAGUCCAGAAGCUGCAGGACGAGGUUCAGGGGAUGGAGGCCAGCCUGCAGACCCUGAUGGGGGAUCUGGAGUCCAGCAACAUGGAGGUUCAUCUUUCUGCGUGACCUUUGAUGUUCAUAUGGAGAUGUAUAGUCUCUAGACACUCAGAGAACAGUUAGAGAGAAACAGCACACU